GUGGCUGAACUGGUACUCGACAACUGUCGGUCCAGCAAUGGUGAAAUUGAAGGCCUGAAUGACACAUUUAAAGAACUGGAGUUUCUCAGUAUGGCCAACAUAGAGUUGACAUCUUUGGCCAAACUCCCCACGCUGACUAAGCUUCGAAGGCUGGAACUGAGUGACAAUCUAAUUUCUGGAGGUCUAGAAGUCCUGGCAGAGAGGUGUCCAAACCUUACAUACCUAAAUUUGAGUGGCAACAAAAUCAAGGAUCUCAGCACCGUGGAAACUCUUCAAAAUCUGAAGAACCUGAAGAGCCUUGAUUUGUUUAACUGUGAGAUCACAAAUCUGGAAGAUUACAGAGAAAGCGUGUUUGAACUUCUUCACCAAAUCACGUAUCUAGAUGGGUUUGAUCAGGAUGAUAAUGAGGCCCCUGAUUCAGAAGAUGAAGAUGAUGAUGAUGAUGGGGAUGAAGAUGAGGAUGAAGAUGAGGACAAAGCUGGUCCCCCAGGAGAAUAUGAGGAAAACGAUGAAGAUGACGAUGCUUCAGACUUGGGGGAGGGGGAGGGGGAAGAGGAAGAGGAGGAAGAGGAGGAAGUGGGUCUUUCAUAUUUGAUGAAAGAAGAGAUUCAGGACGAAGAGGAUGAUGAUGAUUAUGUAGAGGAGCGAGAGAAUGAGGAAGGAGGAGAUGCCGGUGUCCGGGGGGAAAAGAGAAAACGUGCAGCUGAAGACGAAGGAGAUGACGACGACGAUUAAGUUGUAGAAAAUACAAAUAGGACCAGAUUCAUUUUUGUUGGAGAUAUGCAAUAGUGAUAUGCAGACUUGUAAGGCUCCAUGUAUGAUAGGUCUCUACAAAAGAUAUUAAUGUGUUUAACUUUUUAUAGGAAGUGUUUUACUAUUUUUGCCCUUUUUAUCAUUCCAACUAAGACAUAAUAGCCCAUCGUAUUUCCAUCCGUUUUACUCACUAAAGCAGUUGCCUCUUUCUCCCAAUUUCCUCCCUAGAAACUAUUUUCCUCCCAUUUUUUUCCUUCUGUUUCCUCAUAUGAGCAUGCUGUUAACCCUAGCCAGUUCCUUCAGAUGGAUUGAAUGGAUUUAAUUUAAACUUUUAAGAUAGUAUGCUCAUGUCAAAUAUACUAGGUAAGAUAAUCAACUCUUUACUGGAAAGGACUAUAUUGCAGCUGAAAUGGGAGCUGGGUGAUCUGGAACUUGCAUUUUACCUUAUCAUUUCAUUUUAAAAGGACAUUUGAAUGAUGCACUGAAUUUCCUACUUCAUUUGUGUGUGUGGUUAGUCUCUCUCUUACACACACACGCACGCACACACACAGUUUUCUAGUAGAUAACUUUAAGCAAGACUGGAAUACAGUUCUCUAUUUUAGUCUCACUCUUUUCCAAAACAAAAUAUAAACUUGAAUGAACUAUAAUUAUUUCCAGAUUAUAAUUUGCUUCAUGAUCCUUUUGACCGUUCUUCUAGACUAAAAAACAACUCAUAGUUCACAUGCAUAUUUCAGAACCCUUUCAUGUUCUGAUUCAAAUUGGAGUCAUUCUUCAUUACUAAAUUUAAAAUAAGAGAUGUUACAUAUCCAUAUCCUUUUCGAGCAAUAUUGGCAGGUAGAUAUACGAGUGAGCUGGGCUUAGAGCUAAGCCCCUGAACAACAAAACAAGUUGCUUGUGUUGCUGAACUGGGAAAACAUUCAGGAAAGCAGCUGUUCAAUUCAGUGGGUUUCUUUGGCCCCUGAAGCCAACAAAGGGGAGAAAGUGGUUUUCAGGUUACACCCUGAGUCAUUGAAAGAACUAUGCAAAGUUGUGAACCACUUGGCAGUUAUCUCUGGGAUAGGUUUAGCUCAUAGGCUGCCAGUUAUUUCCAUUAAAAGUACGGCUCUUGUUGAGGGAAAUUAUUCAGUGAGAAUUCUUGAUUUCACUUUUAAAAAAUAUAGAAAUACAUUUGCUACGCAUGACCAGCAAGGCAAUACUAAUCUUUUCUGUGGAAGGUAGGAUGGUGAUAGACUGGUUAUCAUGUUCGUAUUCCCCUUUGCGCAGGUUAUUUUGACAAAACAUAGAAAAAUGGAUUCAAAGCUCUUUUCUGGUUCUCUGCUUCUGACAGAUGAACUUGUAUUAUUAAAUAAAUAUUUUACCCAAAUACACAGCU